AUGGGGACUCCAGAAUUCCCAAAUCUCGGCAAGCAUUGUUCUGUUUCUGAUUGCAGGCUGCUUGAUUUCUUGCCCUUCACAUGCGAUCGCUGUGAGCAGGUACAUUGUUUGAAACACCGAGGUUAUGUUGAACAUAAGUGCACAAAGCAAAACGAUGUCAAAGUUGUCAUAUGUCCUCUUUGUGCGAAAGGAGUUCACAUCAUUCCAGAUCAAGAUCCCAACAUAACUUGGGACAAUCAUGUUAACAUUGAUUGUGACCCAUCAAAUUACGAAAAAGUGACAACAAAGAGAAAAUGCCCUGCUCCUGGAUGCAAAGAGUUACUAGUAUUCUCCAACACAGUUAAGUGUAGGGAUUGUAUGGAAGACCAUUGUUUGAAGCACCGGUUUGGCUCUGAUCACAAAUGUUCCGGUCCCAGGAAGUUGGAGACAAGUUUUUCAUUCAUGGGUUUUUUGAAUAGGAGUAAAAAUGAGGAGCCAAAGCCCAUUUUAACCUCAACAGCAUCAUCUAACUGGACUUCAAGCUUUCUCAACGUGGCUUAUAAUAUUCGUUCAUCAGCUGAAGCGAGCAUGUCAAAAUUGAGCAAUGAAAUUAACCAAGUUUUGCAGGCAGCUAGGGAUGGUGUGGGGCAGAACAGUGGUAGUGGAAAUCAAGAGGAAAGUUGCCCUGAAUGUGGUGUCAAGUUUUCCUCUGUGACUUCUUUGGUGGAUCAUGUGCAAAAAAAUCACGAAAGCAAUGGGAACCGACUAGGGGUUAAGAAGAUUAAUGCAUGCCCCAAGUGUAGUAGAGGGUUUGUAGAUCCGGUGUCCCUUGUGGAGCAUGUUGAGAAGGAUCAUGGUGGUGGUUCUGGAGCUUACAUGUGA